AUGGAGUCAUGCAUCAAACGACAUCGUUGCCCUGGAGAUGACCUUGACAUAUUCAGUGACUCUAUUGGACAUGCUGGCACGGAAAGGCGAUCGUGCGAAGGUGUUGUUAGCACGAGAUUUCCUCAUGGAACACAUUCAUGCUCAAUCGAGGAGGAGGAUGAACGGUUGACUCAUCGAGAUGUGGAGAAACUGAAAUAUGAGAAAGCCGAUGAGAGCAAAGUGGAAGAUGUGGAAAACAGAUCUACGUGCUACACAGGUCAAGCCAUAGCAACUGAUGAGCUGCACGUUAAAACAGACGGAUCCGUGUCCAUGGAUGCUAACCUCGACAUGAACGAGCAUUCCAUCUGUAGUUUUGCGUACGAUGAUAGCUCUUUGACAUGUGCUGUCCCUGCCGGUUGGGUCAAGAAUGAAAUUCGUCAAUCAUCAUCGAGAUUGCACCACGAUAUCGACGCUGUGCGCAAAAUGGAAGGUCCUCAUGGUGAUCGGGGAUUGGGAUGGCUUAGCGGAGGUGGCAUGCCAUUGAACUCUAUAGGGAGAAAUGGUGACUUCUAUCUCGAUGCAACCACGCUCAUCGUGUACAAGAAAUUCAGCUCGAAAUGGAUGGCUUUCGGUCAGCUUCAUGGAUCAAGAGGUGAAGAUGGUCCACGUGGAGAACGUGGAUCGAUCGGUCCCGAAGGUGAGACUGGAAUUAGAGGAGCAAAUGGGCAAGGUGGUGAACGCGGUCAAAAAGGUGAUCAAGAAAUACCUGGUCCAGAAGGUCCCAGAGGUGAAGUUGGAGAAUGUGGAUUAGUCGGUCCUGAAGGUGAGAUUGGACCUAGAGGCGAAGAUGGACAAGACGGCCCACAAGGUGAACGUGGUUUGCAAGGUGAUCAAGGAGCCGUAGGUCCCGUGGGUCCCCAAGGAACCAUCAGUGCAACUGGUCCUCCAGGAAACAGAGGUCUUGUGGGCCCCCAAGGAAUCAUCUGCCCAGGUCCUUCAGGAACCAGAGGCCGCAAUCAAAUCAGAACCUAUCCGAUCCAUUUCAUCUACUACCUCACAUUCAGAGAAACGCCUACCUCUACAUAUACUCUCAUCCUAGCAGAUUUGAAUCCGUCAACAGGGUGA